UCUGAUUUAUCGGUGACAACAGCCAAAGGAGGCAUUUUCUCCCUUGGGCUGUGCUAGUGAAGCAUCAGAGGCACAGGAGAACCUGUGGAUGCCAGUCUUCCAAGUGAAGGUGUUGCUCUUCGUUGUUUGUUUUAUCUAAUACAUUUAUCCCAACACCCACAACAGAAUCUGGUUAUGGCCUCUUUAGUGAUGCCACCUCCAGGCUGUCCCAAAUAAGCAUCAGUGUUGUCCCAUGUACAAGUUUGCAGUGCUGGAAGGACUGGCCAGAGAAGAGAGAGUGCUGGAGACCCAGCCUCUGGAUUUUAUCAACUGGAGGAGAAACACCAGCAGCCAGGCUGGGGGAGGGGAUCCCAGCCCUCCUGCCUGGCCAGGGGAAGGCUCUAGGCAUGCCACUAUUUCCUGCUUCCUUGACUUCCAGUCUGCUCUUCACAGCAAAUCAUGAUUUGCUGUCACAGGGAGGUGUAAAAUUAUCCCUCCCAACCUGGCUGGAUGAAAUCUGGGAUAACCUGGAGUGAUAAUCCAAAAGGAUGGGGCUUGGAACAGCCUGGUCUAUUGGAAGGUGUCCCUGCCCACUGCAGAGAAGUAGAACGAGAUGGGCUUUAAGGUCCCUUCCAACCCAACCACUUUGUGACUGUUCACUGGGAGUGCUGUGGACUCUCUGGAGGACAGGAGCCUUGCAGAGGGAUCUGCACAGGUGCCCCACAGGGCAGUGCCAGUGUCACAGAAUUGCUGGCACAGGUGCUGGGUUUGCCCCCAGCGCUGGGCACGAGCUGAGCUGGCGAGGGGUGGCUGGGGAGCAGCUGGAAGGGUCUGGGGGCACUGCCUGGCAGCAGCACAGGGGAACCAGGCCAGGAGGGCAGGGCCAUCCUGGGGCACCCCACACAGCGGGGCCAGGGGCAGGAGAGGGCAUGGCCUGGCUGUGCUCAGGGCUGGGGAUGGUGGGAAGAGGCUGCAGCGUGUCCAGAAGAGGAGAACCACGCUGGGGCUGGGGCUGGAAGGUGUGACCUGGGAGAGGCUGGGGGCUCUGGGUUUGUCUGGUUUGGAGAGGAGGAGGCUGAGGGACAACCUUAUCCCCCUCUGCAGCUUCCUGAGGAGUGGGCAUGGAGAGGGAAGUGCUGAUCUCAUGGGAAUGCUGAUCCCAAAGCAGGGCCAGGAGAGGUUCAGGCUGGACAUUAAGGAAGUGUUUCUUUAUAGAGCACAUAAUCAAAUACUGCACCAGGCUUCCUGGAGAGGUGGUUGAUGCGCCAGACUGUCAGUGUUUAAUAAGAGGCAUUUGAGCAAUGGUGUAACUUUAGGGCAGCCCUGAACUGUUAAGGCAGUUGGACCAGAUGAUUCUCCUAAGUUCCUUUCAGCUGAAGUGUGCUGUUCUAACAUGGAGGGUUUUGUUGGUUUGAGGGUUUGGUUUUAUGUGCUACAGUCUAUUUUGUAAUUUAAAGUUUGUUCUACAAAACCACAUUAUCACCCAUCUGCUACAGAGGGCCCUGAGUCAUUAAUCUUCUGGCUUACUUGGUGUUUGCUUGUCAUAUCCGUAUUUACUGAUAUGUGUCACUCUUAAUCCAGGCUCUCUUUUAUCCAAAUGAGGCAGGUGGUGAUAAGAGCCGGGGGAUUUGCCAAAGGUAAAUAAUGUCACUAACCUGACAACGUUUUACAACAAAAGGAUGUUUUCUGUCAACAUGGGCAGAGCAGUGGAUGUCAGCAAAGCUCUUUCCCACAAUCUUCUCCAGGCGAGACAGGGAUUUGAGUGGCCUGGCCUAAUGGAAGGGGUCCCCUGCCCAUGGCAGGGGGGUUGGAACAAGAUAAGCUUCCAACCCAAACCUUCCUCUGAUUCUGUGAUGCUUCUGGAUUCCCUGGGUGGGCUGUGGGACAGGUAAUAAGCUGGCUCAGGCUGUGCUCAGAGGGUGCCAAUUGAUGGAUUUUAUUCAGCUGUACUAGUUUGGGAAGCCUUACUGGAUGCCAUGAGAUUAGGAAAGGUGGUGUCUUAUGCAUCUUUUUCACUACCUGCAUUUUGGUGAUGUUGUCUCUUCCACAGAGCAGUGAAAUAAACGUUGCAUCCAGAGCUUUAUUCUUCAAAGAAAAAGGAGUUUUUUCUUCUGUUUUAAGGCAGAGCACAAUCUCUACAAGGCUGCAUGCUGUCAGAUUGCACUAAGGAUGCUGGCUUGUGCUCAGCAACAUGUUGCAAUGUUCUUCUCAAUACAGUCCUAAGAUCACACCUCUCUCAACUUGGUCACAUGGAUGCUUUUGAAAGAAAUACCUACAUGUGUUCCAUGGCCUGCCAGUAUCUAGUCCUGCUCUCCACUCGUGUCCAUUCAACCCUUUCUCUCCACUAUGGUGCACUCCCCAUCUCUCCCUUCGUCCCUUAGGACAAGUCAGGAGCUAAUUGUCAUUUUCUGGGGUGAAGUGAAAUGAACAAUGUCAUCAUUUGCAAAGAGGAAGAAUUUGGUCAUGGAAAUGGUGGUCAGGUGUUGGAAGGGGCUGCCCAGGGAGGUGCUGGAGUCCCCAUCUCUGGAGGUGUUCAAGGAAUACCUGGACGUGGCUCUCGGUGCUCUGGGCUGGUUACAAGGUGGGGAUUUGGCACAGGCUGAACUCAAUGGUCUUGGAGGUCUCUUCCAACCCAAACGGUUCUGGAAUUCUGUGGCUCUGUGGAAGGAGAAGACAGCCUGUGCAAGACAGUCAGCCUGUGCUGCUUGGGCGUGGGGUGAUGAAAAAAUACAGGAAGUCCAUGAUGUUGGAAAAGAAAUAUGCAGGAUUUGCCUUCUGCCAGGAUAGGCUGAUGCAGCUAGUUCUUUCUGGAUCAGGCUGUUUAGUUCUUCUCCCCUUUUCCUAUCCUGUUCUUUCUUUUUUCCCCCCUAAACUACUGACCAUCACUGUGUAAAAUACAGCCUUUCCCCAUGAAAGGCUCUUUUUGGGAAGCGGAACUUUCCAUAAUUCUCUUUUUUAGCUGUAUUUGUAGAGAGUGCUUGGAAGGGAGACACACAACACUGUGCUGUGGCUGGGGAAGUUCUGGCUCCAUUUAACCAUCUUCCUUACACGUGAAGAUCCUGAAGCUCCAUGCAUGUCAGGUGUCUUGUCAUUUUCAGCUUCUGCCUGGGACUUACCUGCCUCUCAGGAUUCCUCCAUGUGAAGAAUAAGAAUUACAGAAUCUCAGAGAGCCACGAGGAGCUGCUGAUCCCUCCCACGCCGUGCCGUGCCAAGACAAACGUCAUGUUCCUCAAAACCCACAAGACUGCCAGCAGCACUGUGCUCAACAUCAUGUUCAGGUUCGCAGAGAGGUACAACCUCACUGUUGCCCUCCCUGCUGGCCAGCUCUUCCACCUGGGAUACCCAAGGACUUUUGUGGCCCACUUUGUGGAGGGUUUUCAAACCAUAGGCCAAAAUUACAACAUCAUGUGCAACCACCUGCGGUUUAACCCCUUGGAGGUAAAAAGGGUGAUGGCAGCCAACACCUUCUACUUCUCCAUCCUGAGGAACCCCAUUCCUCUGCUGGAGUCUUCCUACAUCUACUACAAGAACAAUGUGCCUGCCUUCAGGAGCUCCAGGAACGUGAACGAGUUCCUGGCAGCACCCACAAAGUAUUACCACCCAGCAGACUACAGGGGAAACAUCUACGCCAGGAAUAUCAUGUGGUUUGACUUUGGCUAUGAUAACAACGCGGAGGACGACAGCAAGUACACCCAGGCCGUCCUGGAGGAGAUCGAGCAGAACUUCCACCUCAUCCUGAUAGCAGACUACUUUGAUGAGUCCAUGAUCCUCUUGAAGCACGCUCUGUGCUGGGAUCUGGAUGAUGUGAUUUACUUCAAGCUUAAUUCCAGAAGCCAGGACACUGUCCAGAGGUUGAGUCCGGAAAACGAGGAGCAGAUAAAAGCAUGGUGCUCGCUGGACUGGAAGCUCUACCUGCACUUCAACCAGAGCUUCUGGAGGAGAAUUGAGGAGACCAUAGGGCUCGAGGUGCUGGAAAAGGAGGUGGAUCACCUGCGGACCAGACAGAAGGAGCUCAUGGAGACUUGUCUCUCAGAGCAGGAGGCAGUGAGGAGGGAUCACAUCAAGAAUAAAGCUCUCCUGCCUUUCCAGUCAGGGGCUGCAAAUAUCCUGGGUUACAACCUCAAACAAGGCUUGGACAACAGGACUCUGAGAACCUGCCAGAAAAUGGUCAUGCCAGAGCUGCAGUACACGUCCUACCUUUACACUGUCCAACACCCACACAAGAAGAGGAAGGAGGUGGGGUUGCCAUUGCUGUGGACCAGGCGCCAGGAGGACAUGCAGCUCCCAGUGUCCAACUAGGACGUGUGGCAACCCACUGUGGCUUCCCACACUUCGCAUCACCCCUUGUCUGACACGUAACUGACCCACAGGACUCUUGUGCAUGAGGGGGAGGCGCUAGGGGCUUUGUUUGGGGUCACCAAAUUGGUGGUUGGUCUCUUUUUGGGGACCUUGAGCUAAAGGCUUUGCACUGACCAGAUCCUGGGUGAUCCCACCUGCCUGCUCCUGGCUGGAGAGAGCCAGGCUGGCUGCACCUGGCCAAGGCAUUCCAGCCUCUUAAUCAUUAAUCCCAAGUGUGAUCAUUUGCCUUCAUUUGAUUUGAUUUGAUAUCCAUGGUUGCAUCAGUGUGGUCACAGCUCACUGGAGCAUGUCCUGGCUUUGGAGGGUUUAGGGGAAGGGGAGGGAAGUGAGGGGAGUGUGACAAGGGGACACAGUGCUCACAGGACAGGUGGUGGGUGUCCCAUCCAGUGACAUUCCACACUCAGUGAGGACUAACCAUGCUGCUGGGGCUGCCUUUGGUGUGGGAGUCCCAGGCAUCCUGCCCAAAGCCAGGCAGGCUGGCUGCCUUGCCCAGUGCCAUGUAAGCUGUGCCUCUCACCUGUCAGCAGGUGAAUGAGCCUCUGUCCCAUGUGAGAGAGGUGGUGCUUCCCUGGGAGGGUUUGUGGUUUUUCCCCUCGCUCUCAGGCAAGGGUCCCUGGGCAUGUCUGUUCCUUUGGGUGCAGCAUCCCCAAAGCCCUUGAUCAGCAGAUGCUUUUUGGGGACUCCCCUUGCUGUGUUGGCCAAACUCUCCAGCACAGAUUAGGAGGGGAUGGAGUGAGACACAGCUUUGGGUGCACUGGUGCAUCCAGGUCCCUGCUGCCGCUGUGACCAGCACAUGGCUCAGGUUUAAAACACAGUGGUUUUAUCAGUGCAAGUUGGCACUGACGGAUGUGUUGGGAACAGGUGACAAGCAGUGACACCAAAUCCAUUUGUCUUGGUGCUGCCAUCCUCACAAACCCUCCUGGCACUGCCACAGCAGCAGGGCCCUGGAUGGCAGAAUGGGGAGGAGGAUCUGGGGGUCACUUGCUGGCAGUGUUGCCUUGGGGGUGAAGCUGUGGGGCAGCAGCUCGAGCUGGGAAGCAGGAGUGAUGCUGUCAGGGGGAGAGGGGUGAGAAGCAGAGCCAGGACUUUCCUCAGCUGUGUUUAGCAGCUGAGGCAGGGUUAAUCAGCCCAGGUGUCCAGCAGGAGCAACCCAGAUUAAUGGCACUUUCAUGGUCCAGUGUUACAGGAACCCUCACUAAAAUUUACCCAAGGCUUGGGAGGCUUUUGUAACAGCCAGGCAGAUCUGCUGGAGCCGCACGUGGUCACCCCGGGCCAUCCGAGGGGCCCUUCCCGGGCAGUUCUGCAGCCUCUGCCUCGGGUUUCCCCUUGGAGCUUCUGAUCCGUGAUUUGCCAUGGGAAUUUUGCCAAGCCCUUUUAAUUAAAUGGAUCACAGAGUUGGAAUAUAAAAAAUAUAUCUUAGGUAUAAAAAUAGUUUCUUAGUAGCUAAUC